AUGAAUCGCCGCAGUGCAGGCGAGGAAGCUAGGACAGAGAUAGUAGUGACGUCGCUACCACCGACAACAGAGACAGCACCUGUGUAUCGCAUUCAAUUACAUCCACGACCACGUCCACAUGUGACGUUUGAAGAUAGUGUAGUGGACAAUGAACAUCUUGGACGUAAACGUUCGAACAAAUGCUGUAUUUUUCACAAGAAGCGAGAGUUUGGAGAAAGUUCGAGUGAAAGUGACGAGGAUUCAGAUAAUUCAGAUUGUGACGGUGAACAGUAUCACCAACAUGACUGUAAGCAUACAGCUUCACAUCGUCGCACAAGGUCGAAAAAGCCGUCUCCAUCUUUGGAUGAGGAGAAGACAUCAACGCCGCCUCAGUAG